AUGCCGCCUACGCCUCUGACCAAAACCAUCGACAAGGUGAAGGACAUCAGCGAAGAGCUGUAUCACCAUUGCUCCGCCCAUAAGAGCGUUUCCCUACUGUUAGCCAAGGAACCUUCACUCACUCCAAGCGAGGCCUGGGACCAGUUGUAUGGCAAGAGUUGGCAACAUCAUCAACAUCAACAUCGUCAUGAAGCUGAAAAAGACAGCCACCCGGCCAACAGCAGCGGCGAUGUGGCCCCAUCCGGUGGACUGUCAUCGCUAGACAAGGCGUCCGCCCUGGCGACAUGGGGCAAGACGCAGCCUAGCGAUCUUUUCCUCCAGAUAUACGGUGACUCGCUGAGGACCAUAGACGACAGGCUUGAUCAGGCCGUCGUCAGUCCUUCUCUCAUGGGCACCAGCGGAACUGUACCCCUGACCAUCAUCUCUACCACCCCGGACAUCGCGCGCCACAUGUCCAACCUCAUCGUCCGCGCCGAAAAGGAAAUCCUCCUCUUCACCAACUACUGGCAAAACGGCGUGGCCGCCACCUUCCUCACCAACGCCCUCCGCGAACUCUCCCGCCGUGUCGGCGCCGAACGCCGCAGCAAGGUAGUCGUGAAGCUCAUGUACGACCGCGGCUCGCUGAAGCAGUUCCUCGACCCGCACCACGAAGUCGCCGAGCGCGACUUCACCGACCGCCAGGUCGCCCUCCCGCGCCGCAGCGACAUCCCGCACCUCGACCUGCACGUCAUGAACUACCACCGCCCCUUGCUGGGCACCUUCCACGCCAAGUUCACCGUCGUCGAUCGGAGGAUCGCCCUGGUGCAGAGCAACAACGUGCAGGAUACCAACAACCUCGAGAUGGCCGUGCAGUUCGAGGGCCCGGUGGUCGACUCCAUCUAUGAUAUGGCCUUGAUUACGUGGAGCAAGGGGCUGGGGGCUGGGUUGCCGUUGAUCGGUUCGCCCGCCACGGGCGCGCAGGAUAGUUGUCCGAGCUGGACGGAGAGUCAUGAGCGGUUGUUCGACGACGCCGGAAGACUGCGAGGCACUCCUGUCGUUGUUGAUCCGGACAAGAUGACCUGGACGAGUCCGUUUGCUCCGAUCGAGCAGGAUCCCAACAGCGGCACCUCCACCUCCACCUCCACCUGGACCUCGACCUCCACCUCCUCCCCAGCCCCUGAAUCGGACAUCGACCUCCUCCCCGAGCACCACCACGACGAUCCCCACUACGAUCACGACCAGGCCUCCGAAAUCCUCCGCGUACAAGCUUCCGUCACAGCUCGUCCCGGCGAAGACGCGUUCGCACCCAUCACCCGUCACCUGAACCACACACUACACCCCGGCUACGUCGUUCUCGCCUCGCACCGGCCCCCAGACUUCCCCCCGGCCGAACAAAUGACCCCUUACCUCCCACAUCCACCACACGACCCCGUCCCCAUGGCCCUCGUCAACCGACCGCCCUACGGCUUCCCGAACAACCAGGACAUCGUCAACCCGCAAAACGCAGCCUGGCUCUCCGCCCUCCGCAACGCCCAACACUCCGUCUUCAUCCAGACCCCGACCCUCAACGCAGAGCCUCUCCUCCCCGCUAUAACCGAAGCCUGCGAAAGAGGCGUAGACGUGUGGUGCUACAUCUCUCUAGGCUACAACGACACUGGUGAACUCCUCCCCAUGCAAGGAGGCCACAACGAACUCAUCUCGCACAAACUCCACACCUCCCUCCCCACCCCCGCCCGCUCCAAGCUGCACUACAACUGGUACGUCGCCAAAGACCACGCCAAGCCCCUGGUCCAAUGGUCCGGCCCCCGCGCCAGCCACGUCAAGCUCCUCAUCGCCGACGAGCGCGUCGCCAUCCUCGGCUCCGGCAACCAGGACACCCAGACCUGGUGCCACUCCCAGGAGGCCAACCUCAUGGUCGACUCCCCGCCGCUCUGUCGCGCCUGGAUCGACGCCCUGCGCCGCGUCCAGAACACCGCCGCCUACGGGGCCGUGGAUCGCCGGGACGGCGUGUGGCGCGAUCCCCGUGGCGGAAGGGAGGUCGAGGGCGCGCUGGGCGUUGAGCCGGGGUGGUUUAGCUGGGCCAAGGGCGUCGUUGGGGCUGUGAGACGCGUGCAGGGGAAGGGGGGGUUUGGUUGA